GGUUGGUUAGUGAGGAUGUUGCGGGGUGGAUUCGGGGGGAGGGGUUGUAUGCGGAGGGGGGCGUGUGAUGGGGAUGGGGAGGUGGAAGUUUGCUCGUUGUUAUUCAUAUGCUGGAGGAGUCUGGACUGAGGUGCCGUUGACUGUAUGGCUAAGGUCAGAAUAAUGGUUUACGGCGUUCAUCGGUUGCACGUCCCGGUGGAAUAUAGGGGUGUAUACCAAGCAUUGCAAUAUCAAGCCAGGGGCCUAGGCAAGACUUGAAUAGGGGUUUGGUGGCAAUACGAAGAUAAUGGGGGGAGUAAAGGGAUUAGGGAACGGCAGAUAGGCAGACAUACCAUUACGCUUUAGAGGACAUACCCGAGAUCCGGAGUCUGGGUUAACGACUUGGUGUUGUACCUGCUGGUUGCCAGGCAAUAUCGCGUACCCCGCUGUCGACUUAAAUAGACCCUUAGGUGACCAUUCUGUCACCCCUGAUCUGCGCUGCGAAUCCAACAUGGCCGUGGUGCAGUGGCAAUUAAGUAGGGAUAGAAACAAUUCCUCGAGGAGUUUUUCGUAGGAUCUAGUUCGAUCCCCAUGAGGGGCGGCAAGCAAAGGCCAGCUUGUUCUGGACAAACGAUUCGGGAUCGAGUCCUAGGUUCCAGCUUUUUUGCUAUUUUUGUUUUUUAUCCUUUUUUCUAUUUUCUAGUUUCGAUUUUCUCUCUUUCUUUUCUCUUUCUGUUUAUUAUCGCCGCAGGCCUGAUGACCCAAAUUACAAUAAGAUUGUCAUGCCGGCCGAGUUCAUCUUUUCUCUUUAGAGUCACAAUCAAGCAGCAAUUUAGUGAAUAUUUCCACGUCCAAAGGGUGAGACGUGAAAUGUACGAGAGGAAAAUCGAAAGUAUCUAGCCC